AUGGAUUCAGACACACUCUUCCAGGAUCUCUGUUCUCGCGUAAUUCAUCAACUUGGAAAACUACAAGAGCAUCUCAUACCUCUGACUGAGAAAUAUUUGUUGCUCCAGGGAUUUGACACACUCACACUGUUUGAAGAUCCUGAAGAUGAGUUAUUCAAAGAUAGAGAGGAGUGGGCACAAAUGACAAAGGAGGAAAGACUACAAUCAAAUCUGAAUGCAUUGUUGGGUUUGGAGAAGAAGCUAGAGAAGAUGGUGGUGCAGCACUCAAACCAGACAUCUUCGAGAGAAAAUGGACUAUUUGGGGGUCUCCAAGAUGUUCUUGCUCAGGUGGCAGCAUUGAAAAGCAAUAUGACUCGGAUUGGGAAAAUUAUGAGGUUGAGUAUGGACACAGCAUCAAGCACAGAAGAUGAUAUAUCAAAAGGGGAUGUGUUUGAUGAGAAGGUUGAGGGAUAUAAGGUACUGAAGCGACUUUCCUUCUGGGUAAUUAGAAGUUUGCCAGACAUGAGGAAGUUACAUGGGUACAAUGGUGCGGAAAAGAAGACCAUAUCAUGAAAUUCAAUGUCAAAAUAUUAUGGAAUAUGUUUUAAAAAAUACAGGUUAAUUUGAAACUGAAACAUUUUUAAAUAUUUUUGCCUGAAAGUAUUUGAAAAUGAUGAAAGAUUAGUGAGAUG